AUGAGUAUCACGUCGUCUAAAGCCGAACAGCAUUCAAGGACUUCUGUAAAAUCCCUAAAACUCAAUACUAAAAGAGAUUCUACUAUUGAUACAACUGUACUUUCAUCACUUUUGUCCAACUAUAAUCUACCAGCAUUGGCAUCACCUAAUUCACUUUCUGGAGAAAUUAAUCAUGUUAUACCACCUUCACCCCUUACAUUUGCUGUUCAAUGUGCAACAAUGGCCACUAUUGAAUUUAUCAUUACAAAUUAUUCUCAUAUGAUUGAGUUAACGCAACUAUCCAUU